UUUUUUUUAUACAUAGAAAAAAAAUUAGGGCCAUUUGUUAGCUAUUCUCAUUGGCUUGCAAUGAAUGACAUCAAAAUUAUUCUACUACUUCUCCUUUUUGUGUGUAAUUUGUUCCUACCAUCCUAUUCACUGAAUGCUGAGGAGGGAAGGGAGGACUACAAGAACUGGCUGUCAUGGAACCUUCAAAAUUACAAGAACAAAGCUGGUUCAGUAGCCCGGUCAGCUGCCAAACUCGGCCGGUCUUAUAAGGGUGGCGGAGUUCUUGACUAUAAAUUGAAAAAGGCCGAGAUGAACAAAGUGAGAAUAACCGUUAGCCAGGACGGGACGGGUGACUUUAGAACAGUUGGAGAAGCUCUUGGUAGCAUUCCCAAACCUAAUAGUAAAAGAGUCAUUUUGGUCAUCAAUCCAGGAGUUUACAGUGAAAAAAUCACCAUCCCUAAAAGCCUACCAUUCGUGACAUUUCUUGGAAACGUCAAUGAUGACCCACCGACCAUCACGGGAAAUGCCACGGCGUCGGUGACCGGAGAAGAUGGAAAGCCAUUGGGGACUUUGAAGAGUGCAACUGUGGCUGUAGAUGCCAAUUAUUUUGUAGCUAUCAAUAUAAAGUUUGAGAAUACGGCAACACACGAGAUUGGAUCAGUUCAAGGACAAGGAGUGGCGUUGCGAAUAUCAGGAACAAAAGCUGCAUUUCACAAUUGCAGCUUUUAUGGGGAUCAAGACACACUAUAUGAUCACAAAGGCCUUCAUUACUUCAACAAUUGCUACAUCCAAGGCUCAGUGGACUUCAUAUUUGGCUAUGGAAGGUCCUUCUAUGAGAAAUGUUAUCUGAAGUCCAUAGCAAAGAAAGUGGCUUCAUUGACUGCUCAGAAGGGAUUAAAAUCAUCAAUGGAAAGUGGGUUUUCAUUCAAAGAUUGUAUUGUAACAGGAAGUGGACAGAUUUACUUAGGAAGAGCUUGGGGAGAUUAUUCAAGAGUUGUUUUUUCAUAUACUUUUAUGGAUAAUAUUGUUCUUCCUCAAGGUUGGAAUGAUUGGGGCUCCCUAAAACGCCAUUUGACUGUGUAUUAUGGAGAGUACAAGUGUAGUGGACCAGGUGCAAAUUUAACAAGAAGAGUGCAAUGGGCUCACAACUUAACAGAUGAAGAGGCUCAACCUUUCAUUGGGACUCACUAUGUUGAGGCUGAUUCUUGGCUUCUUACCCCUUAUAGUUACUCUCUUAAUUAAAAUUUGUUCCCAAAAUUUAUGCACUUUCACAUUGCAUAAUCUUUUGGAUGUAUAUUAUAUCCAAAUAUUUUUAAAAAGGGAUGAUUUUAGUUUCCUCUAAAUUUAUUGAGCUUGAUUUUUCUAUAUCUAUAUAUAUAUAUAUAUGUAUGUUCUACUAUAUGUAAUAUUGCAUGGAAAUUUAAAUGC